AGGUGGAACGGUUUUACUUGACUACGGGAAAUCCGCAUCUACCCACUUCAAAAGGUGUUGCAAUCGUGAAGGAUAAACAGUUAACUGCUUCUAAGAAGCAGCAGCAAGAUGCAUCACGUAGGGAAGCCGCUGCUACAAAGAGAAUGCAAGAGCUUAUGCGCCAAUUUUCUGUAAUGUUCUGUCAGAUCACUAAGCAUGACUGGGCGUGGCCCUUUAUGGUUCCUGUAGAUGUUGAAGGUCUGGGAUUGCAUGACUAUUAUCAAGUCAUUGAGAAGCCCAUGGACCUUGGUACCAUAAAAAAAAAAAAAAAAAAUAGAAUGGAAGCCAAGGAUGGUAGUGAGUAUAAGAAUGUCGGAGAGAUAUAUGCUGAUGUGAGGCUGGUUUUCAAGAAUGCAAUGAAAUAUAAUGAUGAAGGUGAGGAUGUCUAUGUGAUGGCCCAAUCGUUGUUGCAAAAUUUCGAAAAAAAAAAAUGGCUAAAGCUUCUGCCUAAAGUUGUUGAAGAGGAAACAAGACGAGCAGACGAGGAAGCAGAGGCACGGCGAAACAUGCAACUAUCUCAGGAUGCUGCAUUUGCCAACACGGCUAACGGUCUAAGCAGUGAGCUUUUUGAAAUUGAUGUGUAUUUGAGGAACCUCAGACAAACAGUGGUUCAGAAGUGCAGGAAAAUGUCUUCGGAUGAUAAAAGAAAACUCGGGACCGCACUCUCGCAGUUAUCUGCCGAAGAUCUCAGCAAGGCUCUAGAAAUUGAUGCACAGAGUAACCCCAACUUCCAAGCAACUGCGCAAGAAGUGGAUCUUGACAUUGACGCUCAGUACUUGGCGGCGAAAAGGAGGGCAGGUGCACAUAAUGUGUUCAAUGGAAGAGCUGGUGCCGUCAAUUGGCACAUCUGUCCCAUCUCCUUUGGUGCUUGCUCUCGUAAUCUCCCAAUCAGAUUCGACCCUUCAGAAGCAUUGUCUCUUCCAACUAGCAAUUCGACAAAAGAAUUGGCUGGCGAUUGCCUUCUCUUAUUCCUCCAGCAUGCCUUCAAAGGGUUGAGCUGUAACACAUCUGCCGUCAUCAACAAUUCGCACCACCUGCAGCUCUUCUCCACCAUGGCUGCUGCUUUUGAAUGUGAUUGA